AUUGUUGCUGUAGCUGAAUGGCUAAAAAGAUUCUUGAACCACUGUGAAAUGAUUAGUCAAAAAGUCUUGAAGUGCAUUGGAAUAUAGCUUACCAUGGUCUUGGAGCUAUUACUGUAUACUGAAAAAACGUAGGAACGCCUUUAUCAGUUUAUACAAGAAAAACACAUUGGAAAAGAUAUACCAGAACAUGUAUAGAAACCACCCAUCCUUCAAGUUAACGUGGAACAUUUUUAAACCAAUUUGGAUUAGAGAUAUCUUUUGUAUGUGGCUACCCAGAAAUAUUGGAUUUCCGAGAGUUAUCAAAAGUUUGAAGUAAGUAGGCUAGCUAUAAGGGAUAUAUUUAUAAGUGCAUGCAAAGAAGGAACAAUAUCAUAGUGGAAGUCUAUAGCGCUUAUUCAAGAUACUUUAAAGUGGAUGAUUUUUGAGUGUUUUUGAAAACCUUGAUUUUGAGUACAAUGAAAACAGUGGAGUUCUUCAUAUAAUAUAAUCAGUUACAAAUUGUAACUGAAGAGGUUUACUGCAGACUUUCAGUCGCUCAUGUGCAUACAAUUGAAAACUUCAAACUUCACCUGGAUUAUUAUAGAAUUUACAGUUUUAGCACUGGAGCUGAUCACUAAUGUACAUAUAGGAUCAUAUAUUCGCUGUCUUAAUUGACAAACUUGUGGUAGGGCUUUCAGGUCAUAUUUGUAUAGCAUUAUAGUCCUAUAUACUGAUAGCCUGAUAGUGCUAGUACAUAACCUGGGCCACUCAACACCAUAAUACAUGUAGCUUCAUUUUAUCUCAAUUAACUCUUGGUAGCUGCAAACAAUCAACAAAAUCUGAAUAGAUCAGGGCUUAACCUGGAGGGUUAAAGGCUGAAUUCUUGAGUGAAGAAUAUUUGUACAUUUCUGAGGAAUUAUCAUGGCUACAUGCCAGCUCUGCUGAGAGAAUGCUGAAAUUGAUGGCUGGUGGAACAGUUCAAUACAACAAGCCCGUCUGUCUGUAGAUUCUAAAGGAAAGAAGUUAGGGAAAUUAUAUAAGACUCUAUGAAGCACCAGAUUAGCUAACAUAAUCCUGUGUUAAUUAUACCUAAUUACUACAUAGAGAAUGUUUACAUAGGAUGAACAUAUAAACUCUGGAUUAUAAACCAAUGGAUUAGUACUUACAUCAUAAUCUUUUAAAAAAUCUGAUCCUUUUUUUCUGUUCAAUCCAACGUUUAAUUUAAAUCACCUGGGAUGACGGGUUGAGAUUGAAGGUACAUCUGCACAAAGAUCAUCAGCUCUCAGAAAAGUAGAAGUUUCAUGGAUAAUUAACAGGGCUUGAAGUACAACUAGACGUUCAAAAACAACUGCGAACCAUUCGUUUGUGGAGUGAUUAUUAAGGCUCUUUACAUGAACAGUAAAGAUGAAACCUAUUGCAAUGUACUGGUAGGAUAUUAACGGUUGAAAAAUGACGACUACAGAAACUAAAUGUGACUCCCCAAGUUUUGUACGGAGGCCAAAACUGCCUUCAUUCAACCUUGAGCCUAAAACCAAAGAUGAUGGAGCAUUUGAUGAUUAUAUGGGGGUGCUUAAAACUGAUUGGUCAAAAUAUAUUUCAAGAACUCGACGUACAAGUUCUUCUACAUCUAGCCCAGCUGCGACCCCCAAAAGUCUGGUUUCACCCCCCUCUUUCAGGUCCCCACCCCAUGAGGGAUCACGCCCUGAGCAUGCCAUUCGCAGGAUCCACAGUUUGAAGAUCUUAACGGGAGCCUUAGAUCGUAGUAGGCCAAGGGUUCUUCGGGAGAAAUAUAGUCCAGAUUUUGACAUACCAUCUUCUGCUUCUAUAGCUACUUCUAUAGCUAACACUGUAGACUCACCUUUAAACAGAGGAGAAACGUUGAAAUCUGAGCCAGGCUCUACUAAUUUAAACCCUAACAGCACACCUGGAAAUAGCAGCUAUGAAUCUACUCAAUGUAAACCUUCAGCCAUUGAAAACACACUUAAAAUCUUCUCUCAGGAACAUAACAACGCAGAGCAGCUCAGAUUUGGUGGAAAUGGGAGUGGUAAUCGUGAGGUAACAUCGGAGACAAUGUUUCACAUGUUAACAAAGCCAGGGGGAAUCAUUUCCCAUAGGCGGUCAAAUAGAAAAUCUGACCCAACUUCAGCAGCUAGUAAACUGGAUAGAAAAUCUAAAGAUGAAGCUAGUACAAGUAAAGAUGCAAUCGGUAUCGCAAGCCGAGGAGUAAAAGGAGAUAAAUCAGACAAUGUUACAGGUGAUGAUGAUGAGGGAGUAGGUGUCUCUACUGGGGAUCUCCACCCUAGCUUUAAUACAGUCUACACCAGUGAUACACAGUCAUCUAGUCCCUCUGCCACCACUAUAACAAGGACUACCGGUAUGCGACAUACUCCUGAUGUCACAAAAAGCUCUUUAAAAACAUCAUACUCUAAAUCCCCUGAUAGAAAAAUUGGUAAAGUGGAAACUGUAAAAUUUGUCCCAGAUUCUGAACAUGUAUUAAUCUCUCCACGGUCGUCAGUGAAACGUCAACAGCGUGCUACGGAUAUCACUAAUAGCCAAACUGGAAAAAUGGCGAAUGGACGAUUUUAUACUCACCCACCAUCUUGUAAAAGUGCCGUCAUGGAAGAUGGAUCAAUUGAUAGUAAUGGCUUUGGAACAAUUAAUUCACCAGAGGGCGCUUCUUGUGGCCCUGGCAAUCUUGAGCCACAGGGUAGUGAGAUGUCCCUGGCGGAUAGUCAUCUCUGUCCUAGUGAAGGAUCUGAUGUGUUAUCAUAUGGCGAUGUAAUGCAAUCUGUCACUCAUGUCGGACAUGAGAAACUUGAACGCAAAAAUAGCAAAACUCAAAAACAGAAAUCAAAAAGUGACCCUAGUGGCGAGAAACAGAAAAAGGAUUAUGGUAUACGGGGUAAGUUGAUAAUCGCUGGACAAAGCACACCAUUGUUGUCUGAUGAACAGAGAGACAGGGUAUCUGACCUGCCAGAGUUCAGACACAUUAAGGAUGACAGCAAACCAAGGUCAAUGUCAGACAAUGUACUCUCAAGUGAACAGGCAGCAAUAUCUGAAUCGGGAUCAGAGUCGAGUGUUAUGUCUGUAUCCGACUCAACUGCUAGUAGUCUACAGAGUAGCACCGAGGUCAUAGCUAGUGGUUCCCCUUUAGCAUCACUCGAUAGACUCUCACAGAAAAAGCGCCCAAGGGGACCCAGUGGGGAGUUUAUAGAACAAGAAGAAAAGCGAGGAGAUAAACUAUUAAAAUGUAUUGGGAGUGAUAGUGUCCACUCUGGCCACGCCCAAACUCUCCCUCGGUCAAUCACAGCCCCGGGGAUACCCCUUGACGAAGCCCAGGAUAAAGCAGGACAGUUGCUGACGAUCCCAGGAGUUAAGCAGGAUAUACGCCGGAGUGUUUCAUCAGCGAGUGUCUACGCUACAAGACGAGAACGCCAUCUAGAGGCACAUAAGAAUGAUCGUACAAAGGUUGUGAAAGAAAUCAUCACCAAUGAAAGCGACUAUGUUGAUGCCUUGAAGUGCAUGGUUGAGAAAUACAUGGUGCCAUUGAAGUCUACGAGUGUGAUUGACUCUACACUGGUUGAUGAUAUAUUUAAUAAAAUUCCCGAACUUAUGAACCACCAUGCGGCUUACUUCUACGCACUAGAGGCCCUCUGGAGGAGAUGGGACGAUACCAAGACCAUUGGAGAUAAAAUCAAAGCACAGUUUUCCAAAGAGAACCUGACCAACUGUUAUCUUCAGUACAUCAAGAACUUCAGCCUAUCUGAGAGGGUACUAGAAAAUGCCUUAGAAAAUAAAAAUGCAUUCCAAAAAUUUAUAGAGAACUGUGACAAAACUAACAAAAAUAAAUUGUCGCUGAAGAAUUUCAUCAUAAAGCCAAUACAGAAAGUGCCAAGACUGGAACUUUUGAUUAAGAGGUUGAUAAAAUGUACACCUGAGGACCACCCAGAUUAUAAGCUUCUCAAUGAGGCAGAGAACACAGUGCACAAUCUAGCCCUCAAAAUAGACCAGGUCAACUCAAAGAAGGAUGAGGGAGAGUUACAAGAGACUUUGAAGAAGAUUGAAGAUAUACUUUCAGUCGCAGAUCUUGCUUCCCCUGAGAGAGUUUACUUGAGAUAUGACAUGGUCAAUGUCAUGAAUCGCAAGGAGCAGACCUGCUGUAUAUGGUUGUUUAAUGACUUGGUCAUCUUCAGCACAAUAAAACGCAAGAGUGGCCCAGUCACUAGGAAAAACACAGUCCUGCUGAAAUCUCCAACUGGCCAGGACUUUGUUGACAAUAUCAAACACAGACUGUGGCUAAGAGUUGGGCUUGAUGAUCUUGAAGUUAUCAAAACUCCUGGCAAUCUACAGAAGAAGGCAUCUGUAGACAAGGCCCAACUGGAGGAGGAUUUUGCACUACUCAGUCAGAUCAGUGAACUCACUAAUAAACUUGCAUGCCAACAUCAGAAUUUAGAUGAGCAGGUGAAAGAACUUAUAAAUCUAGUCAAUAAACAACUGUCAGACUUCCAGCUGAAGAGCCCACCACCAGAAGCCCCCAAGCUGGAGUUAUUAGCCACUACACCGAGUGGCUUUAAUCACAUAGUCGCAAUCUUCCCUUCUGAUGACAAGAAAAAACAAUGGGAGACUGCAUUUACUCAGGCUAAGAACAAAUUAUCUGGGGCAUCUUAUAUGGAGAUAGCCAAUUCAGGCCUUCGAAGACCACCAGAUUUCUCACAGGCUUUGCCAAUCACCAAAACACGUGCAGGGAUGCAGUUCUCUUGUGCAUCACCAAUAGAUGGCCUCAGUGCAAACAAACAUCGUGACGUGUGGGUAUGUAACAGUGACGGCUAUGUUGGACAUAUGUGUCUGCUGAGUCUUCAGCCCGAGCCUAUUGUCACGCUAAAUACUCCAGUGCCAGGAUGUAAUGCAAGGAUACUUUGUAUCUGUGCUGUGCCAGGACUUAUGGAGAAAAUAAUGCGAAGGAAAGGUAGUGUUAGGGCUCGUGCAUCAACGUUGCCUAGCAACAUUAGGAAACCCGCAGCGCCAUCUAUCAACAUCCAGGCUGCAGACGACAGUAGCUCCAGUAUGGACAGUAGUGACGAUGAAGAUGAAACUGACCUGGAUGAAAGGACUGUUGGCUUUAAACUAGAGGACCAGAGAUCAAUGUCUACAUCUCCUAAGAUGAGUCCAGGAUCUUCUCCCCGUGGGAGCAUGCAACAGCUUGACUUACAUAAGAGUACCAUGUGGCUGGGAACUGAGGAUGGCUGCAUCCUGAUAUUCCAUAGUACAGAUAAUAUAAAGACCACCAAGAACAAAGUGAAGAUUCAACACAGUGCUGGUGUAUUAAAUAUAGUGCAUUUAGAGAGCAAGGUGUUUGUAUCCCUGGCUAAUGGUGAGCUGGUUGUCUAUAACAGAGACGGAGAUGGUUGCUGGGACACAGAGACAUAUGACAUGGUCACCCUUGGCAACGCUUCAUCUCCUGUCACUAGGAUAUUAUCUGUUGGAGGGAAACUGUGGUGUGGGUGUCAGAAUAGUGUCAUGAUUCUAAAUCCUACUUCACUCAAUGUAGAGGGCUCAUUUACUAUAGGAACAGACAGUAAUAAGUCUAUCCACAGUAUGGUGUGUGCUGGUCAGGGGGUUUGGAUUGCUACCAGCAACAGUUCCAAAGUGUCCCUUUAUCAUAUAACCACACAUGAGUUCCUCCUAGAAGUUUGUGUAGCACAGGCUGUCAAACAAAAGCUACAAGGAGCAGAUGACAUCAUCAGGCAACACAAGACGGCAUGUUUGCGUAUUACGGCACUGUUAACCUGUAAAGACCUUUUAUGGGUGGGAACUAGUGCUGGAGUCAUCCUUACUAUACACAUGCCCAGAAUCUGCUCCAAUACCACUAAAUCACAGAUCACUGUGCCCACAGCUACAGGUCUAGUCCAUGGCCAUACAGGACAUGUAAGAUUUCUAACAUGUGUGGACAUGCCCGCAGUAGUAACACAUGCCAAAUAUAGUCCUGCCAAUCUGAAAACAGACUCUGUAGCCUCCACUGUUAGGCGCACCUCAACUACGGCAAUACCAACCCUAGCCACGAAGAUGCUCGUGGUGAGUGGCGGGGAUGGCUACGAGGACUUUAUCAGUAGUGGGGCUAAUGAAGCAGCUGGUAGGGAUGACAGUACGAAUCAUCUACUACUUUGGCAGGUCUAGGAAUGAUUGUAUAUCUAAGUCAAAUUGUGAAUUUACGUCAUGGCUGUAGUGCUCGUUUCAUCAAAAAGUUGUGGUAUGAUGGCUGUUAUGGUUUAAACAUCAUGAAUGCUGUAGAGAUAAACACAGGAAAGUGGAUAAGUGGAGAUUACUUAUAUUGCUGCGAUACCAGAAAGUCAGUGAAGAACAUAUCCUGAGAGCAGUCAUUUUAGGUCCUGUGUAUGGUCAAAGGGACAUCCUAGAAUUUGUGAGAAACUCCCAAGAUAUGAAUGUCCUUAGUGGGUGCAAAGUGAAUGUGUGAGAACUAAAAGGUGUUAGAGAAUUAGAAAGGGAUCAGAUGAUAAUAUGAAAACAUCUGAUCGGAUUAGAAAUAGUGCAAAACCAGCAGUUUCUACGAAAAUGUACUGAACGUCAGUAAGAUGUAGUGACGUCAAGCCCUUAUAUGGCAGUUGAGUACUAAAAUAAUGCCUAUCUGUAGUAAUACAGUAAAGUCUGUGUAAAAGAAACACCUUACGGCUUUGGUACAUCUCAAGUGUUCCACUUGGAAAAUGUUACCUUUACAAGGCUCAUUUAGUCAGAUUUGAAGUGUUCCACUUAUGGAGGUGUUCCAUUUACAAGGGUGUUUCAUUUGACAGUGUUUACUGUAUAUGACUGUCUAAUGGAAGGAAGUGGUUCAAUCACGAGCCAUUUGAUAGAAUUGUAUACAACUUCAAGGUGUUUGAAUGUGGUACUGGUGUCAUACUCAUGACCAGCCAAUGUAUUUCUAAAUGUGCCAUCAGAAACUAAACCAAAGGAUUAUAUGAAGAAAUUGUAAGAAAUAAACAGAGGUUUAUUAUACGAGUACUACAUCAUUAUCAUUGAAGUACAGUAGUAUUGUAUUGUUAUUGUGUUGUCAUGGUGAUUAUGUUAAUAACCCACUGUGAAAUAUGAUGAGGAUAUUUUCUCCAGCUAAUAUAUUAUCCCCUGCAAAUAGCCUAAUAUACUCUUUGAAACAAUUUUGUUACUGUGUCGACCUCUCUUUGGCAUUUCAAGGCUUCAGUCUUAGGUAACAGCUCAUGAAUAUCAAUUUCUUUUAUGAUGUUCUUUGUUUGAUUUUAUGAUCAUUUCUAACAAGCUAUCGACAUAUGUUAGAGACACUAAAGGCUAGUAACUAAAUAUGGAGGCUAACAAUAACAACAAGAAUAUGCCACUACUUCUUGGUGAUGACAUAAUCAUGUCACUUCACAGUAUGGUAUCAUAAUCACCAUGACAACCAGAUAUUGCUUGUUAUGUUACGUUUCUAUGUACUGCUAGGUGAUAUGUAUUGUAUUGUGACAACAUGUUUUUCAUGCCAAGUGCUAUGACAAAGUACACAUUAUAUUUUAUUUCGCAGUCAAAAAAAUGUUAAGUUAAGUAAAAUCAUAUUUCACAUUUUGAACUUACUUCGAAUAACAAACACAAUCCAAAACGGAGAUUACACCCUAGAAAGAAUUGUGGCAGACAUUAUACCAAUAGACCUUUCCAGAAAGCCAUGGCACCUCUUGGUAAAUCAAAGAACCUAUGAUACAUUGACUAGAUUGAUGAGGUCAUAGGUUGUUCUUUUUCAAAAUUAGCAAUAAGUAAAUCCUAUUUUGCUUGGAUUCCUACCAACAACCAAUGACAUCAUCAGUCUGGCCAGUAUAU